UAAAAUUGAUGUUCGUUUCGUUUGGGUUGGAGUUAUUUUUUUGGGUGGUGCGGCGUGACUGACCAUCAGAGAGAAGACAAAGAAUGGCAGCAGCACACGCGACGAGUCUCAUCCUCUCAUCCUCCUCCAGGUUCUCUCGUCUCGGCUGUACCAGCACCAGAUUUCUCAGACACAACACAAACCCUCUUCCCGUUCCUCGAUUCCGAUGCUACUGCUCUUCCUCCGACGACACUUCUCCUUCUGUAAAGAAACGUGUGGUCUCUGGAGUCCAGCCCACUGGUUCGAUUCACCUCGGAAACUAUCUCGGCGCUAUCAAAAACUGGGUCACUCUUCAGGAUACUUACGAAACACUCUUUUUUAUCGUUGACCUUCAUGCGAUAACACUACCUUAUGACGUGCAAGAACUGAGAAAGGCGACUAGGGAUACCGCAGCGCUCUAUCUAGCAUGUGGUGUAGACAUUUCUAAGGCUUCGGUGUUUGUGCAAUCUCACGUCCGUGCUCAUGUGGAGUUAAUGUGGCUUUUGAGUUCAUCCACACCUAUUGGUUGGUUACAGAAAAUGACUCAGUUCAAAGAGAAAUCACGCAAGGAGGGGGGUGAGAAUGCUUCUGUGUCUUUGUUAACUUAUCCAGUUCUGAUGGCUGCUGACAUCCUCUUGUAUAAGUCAGAUUUUGUGCCUGUGGGUGAGGACCAGAAGCAGCACCUAGAACUUGCACGCGACCUGGCACAGCGUGUGAAUAAUUUAUACGGUGGAAGGAAGUGGAAGAAGCUUGGAGGGCGUGGUGGUUCCAUCUUUAAGAUACCAGAACCACUUAUACCGCAAGUUGGAGCCAGAGUUAUGUCUCUUACAGAUGGUCUUUCCAAGAUGUCCAAGUCUGCACCUUCUGAUCAGUCCCGGAUCAAUCUCCUUGACUCUAAAGAUUUGAUUGCGGAUAAGAUCAAACGGUGCAAGACAGAUUCAUUUGCAGGCCUUGAGUUUGACAAUGCCGAGAGACCUGAAUGCAACAAUCUCCUCUCCGUAUAUCAGAUUGUUUCAGGCAAGACAAAAGAGGAAGUGAUGGAGGAAUGCAAAGAUAUGAGCUGGGGCACAUUUAAGCCUCUCCUUGCUGAUGCUGUCAUCGAGCAUCUCAGUCCAAUCCAGGUCCGUUAUGAGGAGAUAACAGCAGAGUCGGCUUAUUUGGACAAAGUAUUGUCAGAAGGUGCGGACAGAGCCACGGAGAUAGCCGAAUCCACUAUUCACAAUUUGAAACAAGCGAUGGGUUUCUAUAUAUGAGUAGGAUCAGUGCCUACUACGGUGUCUAAAACCUUCUGCUUCUUUUUUUUUUUGGGUGGAGAGAAAGAGUUGAGAGUUAAAAUUUGCAAACGAUUCUUGAUUCUUGAAAUGCAGUCAAAGGCUGCUCAAUAUUCUUUGCUGUAACUGUGAUGUAUCGACAUUCUUUGCGGUAAGUUAUUUUAAAGAUUUUUUCAAAAAAGAGAGGUUAUUUUAAAGUAUAAUUAAAAGGUUUACCA